AUGAGUCAGCAAUGCGGUAAUCCUCUUUUACGAGAUUGGGUAAAAGAAUGGAUGGAUGAAGCAAAGCGUAUGCAAAUGAAGUCUUACUACACAUAUAAAAAGGCUUAUGAUGCACUGUGUCGUUGUCCCAAUACCUUUGAACACCCAUCACAAGCACAGAGAUUAGAAGGCAUUGGUCAAAUUAUGGCCAAGCGUUUAACAGAAAAAAUGAUUGAGUACUGUCAAAAUAACAAUCUGCCUAUACCUUUACCUGUAAAAGGUAAACGCAAAAGAGGCGAACAAGAUGAUGAUACAGAUCAGAGUAGCAGUCAGUCAUCAAGAUCCAGAGCGCCAAAAACAUACGUACCUACCUUCAGGUCCGGACCUUAUGCCAUUCUAUUAUGCUUACUUGAUUUUCAACAAAAUGGACAAACCAGCGCAACAAAGGAACAAAUAUGCUCAUAUGGACAAAAGUAUUGUGAUAAUUCAAUGACACUUGCUGAUCCAGGAAAAUCAUAUACAGCCUUCAGCGGAGUCAAGACGUUGAUUGACAAAGGCUAUGUUUAUAAAAACGGUCGACCACCAAAAUUUAUGCUAACAGAAACAGGAAUUGCCAUGGCUGAAAGAUUGAGGGAUGUCAAUGGUGAAGGCCAUAAUAAUAGUUCCCAGACAGUUAGAGAAGAGGAGCAUACAUUGAACAGAGAUGAUACUGGAUCAAGAAAGCAACCGAGAAAGAAAAAGAAAGCAAGCACGGCUGCUAUAUUGGAUAGAUUGUUAGAAUCGGGUUAUGGGAUAUCAGAUGAACCAGAUCUGAGCUUAUACACUUUGGAUCCUUCUAAACAUCAUUCAAUAUCACUCAACGGACGAACGGUUACAAGAGAUACGACAGCUUUAUCGAACACUAGCAGCUUGAAUAACACAGCUGAUGCUAACACAUUGAAUGAACAAAAGAAUGUCUUAAAAAAGCCAAGCAAGAACAGAAAUUAUAGUAAUACGGCAUUGGACAUAAGCGCAGGAUCGACUAGUUUGACAAGAUCUCAUUCCAUCAUGAGUAUUGAUGACGACUCAGAAAUUGAACUAUGGGAUGAUAUAUUAAAAGAUAACCGAGACUCUGUUAAAUCAAAAGCAAGCACAAGUAAUAUAGACGACACAUUCUACUUUACUUAUCUCGACGUUUCUAAUACACCAGUCAAGUACGCGUCAUCAGCAGCCGUGGACAUUGACGAACUCAAUUCUUGUCUUGUAUAUAAAAUCCGCUUUUAUUCAAGGCAAAGGGAUCACCCACAAGCCAAACGACUAGUCAAGGUGACAGAGGAUGAGAAAGUUACAGGUACCUGUAUUGGAUUUCUACCAGAACCGUAUACAGAGAGCGAAUGUGUUGGGUUGCCAGCGUCUGUUGAUGAAAAUGAGCUUGAGGCAGACGAUGACGAGCCAGUAAACCGGUUCGAUACUCUGUCUUUCUCUCAACAGACAUAUGAAUCCCAAGUUUAUUCACAGCAAGCAACAUCAUCGCAACAGCAAAGAAAAAAGGAUAUACAAGCUGAGAUCACACAGUAUGUACAGACAGAGUAUGCAGAACCUAUACUUCCUGAGGAAUAUGACAUUAUCCUAGUAUUGGACAAUCGAGAAGUUCAAAUGAAAAACAAUCGAAGUUACUUUCAAGAAAAACUAACCGAGAAGGGAAUCAGUAUUUGCACUCGCUCUUUAGACCUUGGUGAUUUCAUAUGGAUCGCACGUAAAAGGGGCAGUACAGACCCAUCGGAUGAGUUAUUCCUAGAUUACAUUGUAGAAAGAAAGCGAUUGGAUGACUUGGUGCAUAGCUUGAAAGACGGAAGAUAUAAAGAACAAAAGACAAGACUUAAAAGAUCUGGUGCUCAGCAAGUAAUAUAUAUCGUCGAAGAAUAUAACCGAGAAUAUGCUGUCAACUUUGGACUUCAAGCCAUUCAGACAAUCAUGUCUUCUAUUCAGGUUGUAGACGGCUUUUUCUUAAAGAGAACAAAUACUAUCGACGAGACGAUUGAUUACUUGGUAUCAUUGACAAGGCUUAUUGAGCGAAUGUACAAAGGAACAAUAUUAUACCCCAUACCAGGACAUAUAGUAACAAGCCAAAACUAUAUUGAUUUAAAAAGGGCAUACAAGGAUAAGGUCGGAAACAGUAAAACUGCAUACUUGAUCUCUUAUCCAGUCUAUAACCAAAUCAAUUCUAAAAACGGCAGUACGAGCUUGCAUGAAAUCUAUCUGAGGAUGUUGACGUGUAUAAGAGGUGUUAAUGCUGAAAAAGCGUUGGCACUCAUGCGAGUUUAUCCGACACCAUAUUCAUUAUUAAGUGCAUUUCAAAACAAGGACGAGCAUGAUGCCAAAAACCUUGCUUAUGAGGCCACUCAAACACAGAUCAAUCGACGUAAAUGGGGACCCCAGCUUAGUGAGAGAUUAUACCAAGUGUGGGGUGCGUCAGAAUACUCAAAUACGGAAACAUUUAGCGAUUAA